AUGAAGGCUCAAGGCAGCAGGUCCAAAAUUGUCCAUUUCGAGGGCUGUAUCGAAUCAACGGCAGGCGUCGCCGCCCUCGCAUCGGCAGCAGUUGCUACAGCAAGCUUGCUCAUCCGCAUCGAGACUCCACUCGACCUCAGCCCUCUGCUCGGCAAAUAUACUCACCUACGCGUUUGCACUCCAGUGAUCCACACCUCUAUACAAGCCAUGCCUCUUCCAGUUCAUCCUCCUCCCCAUCUCACUCUACUGGGACCAUUUUUUAGAGGCCGAAAGGCUGUUGUUCAGACGGUUCGGAUAUUUGCUCCAGACAACCUGAGGUAUGAUGCCAUAUCGCUGAUCAACUACCGGCCAACGCCUGGCGAACUGUUUGCCCUGACGCUGGACCUGUCUUUAGCGGGCAUCAGAACCCGCUUCUCCGAGGAUAUGUCUUCCGUAUCUAAGCACGAGAUCAGCCUAAAUGUCGGUCAUCUCCCCCAUACGGACCGCAUCAGGCUCCUUCAGAACAAGUUGGUAUCAGAGGAAACCUCGAGCUCCUUGUUCCAAGCGCGUGAAAUGGAGAACCUCGAGAACAUGCAGGCAAGAUUCUGGAACGCGUUUGGAGCUUUCCAGCUCGCCCCUAAAUUCAUGGCAUUCAUUGUAGACCACUGUUCACCUGGCAAAGAAAAGUUCAAGAACUUCCACGAAUACCUGCAAGCGUUACGACAUCGUGCCCUUCCCAAGGAUGAAUACGAAGAAUGGCUACACUUCGCCGCGCCCUCAGUAGAUGACUCGUCCAAGUGGCCGUUCAUGAGCACGAGUUCCCUGUACAACGUGCUUAUGGCUCUCGUCCGAGUCAGGGAAGAAAGCGACGUGGUAGCGGAAGAGCCGUUUGCCCUAAAGCCCCUGAGUACCAAUAUUUCGCGGAAAGACGUCUCUGUCCAGACCAACAUCAUUGAAGAAAUGUCUAGUGUAACUGAUGCAGCAAAAAUUAUUCCUGUAAUCCGUUCCGGAACAGUUAUGUCCGCUCAGACACGAAAUAUCGACGUAGAUGAGGAGGAAGAAGCUCAAACGAUGGAUUCACCUUCAAGACAGAAAAUACUCAGGAACGUGACCGUGGAAGCCAAUGACGUUUCACAGCUCAUUAAUGCAGCAAAUCUAGUGAACGACAUUGCAAACGAUGUAGCUCACAAAUAUUCAGCGAUGUCCAACCCCCUUAAUUUUAAUAAAAUAAUUUCUGCGGUCAUCACCAUGGUUAUUCAUGCUGGAGUGCUUUGUCUGCUACCGGAAUCUGAAAUCAAUUAUCAGAUCUCUCACUUGAAGGCUCGGUUCUGCCAAGAUGGCUUGGAAAACACCGUAUCGAAUUGGUGCGCAUUCAUCGCUGAGAGCAGAAGGGAAACUGCUCGUCGACAAUGGCUCCGUGAAGUACCUUGCGUUGAAUGGAUAUUUGGGGUUAGAGUGAAGCAACAUGCCCUAUGCCAUUCAACCAAGUUGAAGCCCAUGCAUCCAAAGAACAGAAACGACAUAUCUUAUAAAGAUAUGUUUCGAUGUUUUGGGAGGGUCAUCGUCGUGUCCGGCGUUGCUGGAGCUGGAAAAAGUACCUUAUUGACAUCAAUAGUUCAGGAUUUCUGCAAACAACAGUUGCAUGGAACAAAAUCAGAUUAUCUUCAGGAGUUCGGUUAUCUGCUACGCAUAGAUGCUAGGGACCUGCAAUCAAAGACCCUCGGAGAAUCCGUUUUAUUUACUUUAACGGGAAAGAGUGAUCCGAGCGAAGCCAUCGACUGCUUGAGAGCCUUGCUACGCCUCGACACCCUCUUCUUGGUGGACAACGUGGACGAAGCCAACGACAUCUCUGGGGCCGCUCUCCUCGAGCUCAUCGACAAGAUCUGGUUGGGCAACAGCCGCGUUGUUGUCACAUGCCAUCCGUCCUCCGUCGCAUGGUUAACCAAUACUCUCACUGAGCACCAGACCUCUUUUGCUGAAUACACCAUCUUGCCGCUAACGAAACUGAGGGAAAAACUCCGAUUUUUGGAGAAAUAUGGUCAGUGUGUUUGUUUCAUUGGAAAUGAUCCUCCAAACAUGUCAGAAGUCUCAUCGCGGAAGAUCCCAGAAACUCAGAAAUGCUCAACCUCACAAAAAACUCCACCACAUCCAACCUUCCCGGAGACUGAACUUUCCCGAGCAAGCUCAACCGCUCAGUUAGUGAAAUCGUGUUUCAGAGCCUUGCCUAAAGAUGUGAGAGCUGGUUUCACCGAGCCAAUGUUUCUGGUGCUUUUCUGGCACUUUGUCUGGCAUCGACCGUCCAAGGCAGAAAAUUGGAAGUCUUUUGCCGAUGUCACUAACGACAUGUUGCUUUUGUUUAGUGCUACAGCCGCGGAAGAAAAUAUAAGAACCUCAAGCUGUUGUCAACAAAGCGAAAGUCUCUCCUUGUUGUCAGAUCUUGGUGCUCGCGCUCUGAGUCUCCUGAGGAGUGAACGGACAAGUUUCUCGGUGGGCCACCUUCCUCAGUCAGAAUUUGAGGUGGUGGACCACCUCACUAAUCGCAUCACUGCAGAUAUGAUUUGCUCAGGAGUCUUGAGAAAUACGUGCAUUUUCAAUUGCACUAGGAUGGGGCCAAAUCACCACUGCUUUCCGCACGUGUCGUUGACGGAACAUCUUGCAGCGAGGCACGUUCUUCACAGACUCUCUGAGAGCGGAGCUUCAUUGAUCGAUAUUCUAGAAGGUUCACCAACGGACAACGGCAGGUACCUCGGCAUGCUACCAUUACUGAUGGAGGACAUGGCGAAAAUGAGACCUAAUCUUCUGGAGGAAAGAUGGCCUGAGUUGCGCGACGCCCUUCACGCCGGCGGCGCCACCUACCAACACUGGCAGGAGCUAAUGUGGCGCUGCGGGGAUGUGCUCUGUGUGGUGCGCCAUGCCGCUCAACUAACGUACGAAGCAGGAGGCGAUUGGGACCUCGAAACCGGUCGCCACGUAGCGAUAGCGAGACAGAUGCUCCCCCACGUUUGUCCCCCAACUUUGAGGGUGUGGAUGUCCCCUCAGGAACUUAGGGAAGCCCAGUGGCAAGAUCUCCUCCAGCGGCAUGAAGGGAAACUUGAACUCAGCCUCAUGUUUAGGGGAAAUUCCUGUCCCGACGAUGACCUGCUUGCACCUUUACUGAACGCAAAAUGUCAGCUAACCUGGUUCAGUGGCUGUCUCAGCUCCGAAGUCAGCAUAGAGGCGCUUAGCUCAGUGGCCGCAUCAGCUCAACUUGAGAUAACCUUACAGCGUCCACUGGACCUGAGCCCUUUGAGCGGGAAGUGCAGCUGGGUCUGUGUGCGGACGGGCAUUUUCAGCAGCGACUGGACAGCACCUGCUGUUGCUCCGCCGUCCGAUACGAUGGCAGAAGCUGUUGCAAGGUUGCCCAUUUCUCUGUGGGUGCGGGGAGCUACGCAAGGCUCCUGUCAAGCUGUCUUACAAACCAUCUUGUUCCUCUCAACUGCUGCGGGGAAUCGGCUGGAGCAGCUGGUGCUGGUGUCCCCCACCCUGGAGGAGAGGGAACUGCAGCAGCUGCUGCUGUGUCUGUGGCAAGUGAGGCUGAGGGCUGGACCCUGUAGAAACCCCACAGAGGACUUCAUGGAGGUCCGUUCGGGGGAUCCGACAUCGGUUCUUAAGAGGGUUAACACGGAGGUCCACACCGAGGACACCCAGGGAAGCCCUACUGAGGGUCCUAUUGAGAGCCCUACGGAGAAUGCCAUGGGACUCCCCUCCCACUAUGACAGGACUGGUUCUUUGGUGUGGCUCUUCAUCAACUCGCAGCCUCCUAAAGACCACGAAGGCGAGUGAUGAAUAUCACUGCGAUUGGAGCAGCGAGUUGGAGGUUCAAGACCCGCAGAUAGUUGUGAAAAUUCUUUAGAAAUCGGCAAGGUGGUUAAGAAACGGUCAGAGAAGAAUUUGGCCUCAGCAAA